AUGGCAACCGGUGAGCAGCGAUCAAAUCUCAGGUUGCUCAGGACGUCAUUGAUUCUGGACCAAGGUGACACACGCACGACUCGCCACGGAGAGUGUCUCAGACUGUGUACUUACAACGCGAGAACAGUGUCCACAGACGCUGACCUGCAUGUCCUUCUCAGAGCUACAGAGCGUAUCAAAUUUCACGUGAUUGCUCUGCAGGAGACCAAAUGCAGAAGGAGCGAUGUACAACAGAUGAGUGACGGUACACUCGUCAUUCGUGGAGAGAAGGUUACGUCGCGAAAUGUAGGCGGUGUUGGUUUUGUUGUGCACCCAUCUGUCGUCCAUCUUGUCGAUUCUUCAUUCUUCGCCUCCGCCCUCUGCGCCAAAAAACGCAUCAGUAUCAUCAACUGCUACUCACAAACAUCAGCAGCUGAUGAAUCCGAAUUGGACGCGUUUUACGAGGAGCUGGAGGAAGUAAUCUGCAACGAGAAGUCCUUCUACAAAUUCGUUGUCGGAGACGUCAACACAAAACUAGGAAAGACCAUAGAAGAGGAAUACAGGAUUCCAAGAUUUGGGCUAGGGGACCGGAAUGAAAAUGGCAAUCGUCUCGCCGCUCGCCUCUUUCAUGGGAACUCUCUUUUCAUGAAAAAGGAUCAUCGUCGGUGGACAUGGGAAUCGCCCAAUGGCGCGACUCGUGCGGAGAUCGACCACAUGCUCACCAACCGGGGUGGUUUCUACUUGACGUCUCAGUAG